GCCGCGGCGCACCGGUACACAUCGGUUGGUAGUGUGGUUCGAUCAUCGUUACUAGCGCGCACGAGUCGUGCUGACGAGAGCGGCGGCGCCUUGCUCGGCAAUAUUAAUCCGCGCCUCCCGGCGAGUCGUUCCGGUUCACCUCUGGACACCCGUUGGCACGUAAGCGCGCGCGUAGCCCGCGAGGAAGGAGACAAGCAGGAAGGAAGGAAAGAAGAACGCGGUCACUCGAAUUACCGUUCGUUCGCACGAUAUCGCAUUCGCGUAACCUAUCUUCUCUCUCUCUCUCUCCCGUUUCCCUCGAUUCUCGCCUGCUGGAUCGGUCGGUUGGUUCGUCAAAAUGGCCGAGAACAGCGGCUCGCCAGAUCCGGCCGCUAACCAGGCCCAGGAUAGCCAGCAACAGCAAUACCUGUCGAGCUUUAUCUCCGAGAUCGUAAGGAGCCCAUUGAAUCUCGCGCUCGUGGCUGUAAUCGCCGUCCUGGUCUACAAGAUCGUCAAGAGUAAAACGAGAACCGAGGAGCCCGUGCCGGAGGUGAAGAAGCUGCCGAAGUUGCGACGUGACUUCACAAUCGAGGAACUGACCAAGUACGACGGUAAAGGCCCCGACGGCCGGAUACUGGUUGCCGUCAACGGCAGCGUAUACGACGUAACCAGAGGCUCCAAGUUCUACGGCCCUGGUGGACCAUACGAAGCAUUUGGUGGUCGAGAUGCUAGCAGAGCAUUAGCAAGGUUUGCAGUAGAUGCAGCGACAGAUAAAUAUGACGAUUUGAGUGACUUGAACACUGCAGAAAUGAAUUCAGUCAAGGAAUGGGAAGAACAAUUUAAGGAGAGGUACGAUUAUGUUGGGAAGUUGUUGAAGCCGGGCGAGGCACCCACAAAUUACUCGGACGAGGAGGAUGAGGGCAGCCAGCAGGAGACUGAAACGAAAUCGGAGAAUUACGAAGCCGAGGCAAAGACGGAUCGUAGUGAGACUGAGGGAAAGACCAAGAGCGAUUGACCACGUGAUCGUACAUCGAAGGCGCAACCGUUUUGGAAGCACACCACGCACACACUGUUGUUAUGGAAAUUUUUCAAAUUAUCGCUCAUGAAUAUAUUUCUGGACGCGUUCGGCCGACUAUUUUAUUACUUCAUAACGAUGAUCGAAUGAGAAGCGAAACACUGGCUUUUAAUCAAGUUUGAAGUACAUAAAGAGCAUUCGAAGCUGGGUGAUUACAUGCAAAAGGACUUUAUUUGAGCGUCCGACUUCCAAUCAGAGUGGACAUUCACGUUUUUUAAUAUAUAUAUGUUUUUACAUGUGUACAAAAGAUUUUCUACAGAAUGCUAAGCUGAAUCAGUGGCAAGUAACAAUAUAGCAUAUUCUAUUGUAGUGAUGUUUCUCGUUGAAUUGAUUAUUGUAGAUCCUGCUGUGCACACGCAUGGCACACGCUGCAUCGUGCUUAUGCGUAUGUUCAGCAGUUCAUUUCUGACAUGCAUUUGGAAUUUAGUUUUAAGGAGUAUCUAUCUUGUCGCGUUCACGUAAUUCCGUCAUUUUGUGAUUAAAAAGAAAACUAUUACAGGAAAUACUGAGAUUGUCACGUCGCGCGCCCGUGGCAUAAAGAAUUCUACAAAAACAUACUCUGGAAUGAAACGUUUAUCGUCAGAUAAAAUGUAUGCUACAUAUAUAGUUACAUAUUUAUGUUAUAUUUUUAAUACAAUUACCAGUACCAGUAUGAUGUAAUUAUCAUAAACGGUGUAUCGACGAGAUAUCGCAAUCCCUCACCUACAUUGAGGUUAAUGCAAAGGGCCACCUAGAAGGAAACAAAUUGUACAUUUCAUGCAAAAGUUUUAAUCGCUAUAUCUAACCAAUAUCGGGGGAACUGGUGUAACGUAUAUGUCCUUAACGUGGUUUGUUUUACAUGUAUGAAAGUAAUAAGCAUACAAAACCUUUGUUGUAGAUUUUAAUGUUAUCUAAAAUUAUGUUACAAUUACGAGGAAGUACGAUGGGUACAAAACACGCAGGUAUUUGCAUACUUCCGUACACAGCGUACUUUUUCACAUUACAAAGCAUUGAUUUAUUAAGCAUUAAUAUACACAGCAUUAUUAAUGCUGAUGCGCGGCUUUGUUCAUCGAUAAACUAGAAUGUGGUUUUGGUAAAAAUAGUUAUACCCUUGAGAAUAUAAGUUUAUGGAUGAAAAUAAAUUAGAAUUACGUUAUAUACACACAUGUAUGUUUUCAUAUACACAGUCACAUUUAACACGGAGAGAGUAAGUGUGAGUGUGAUGGGGAGAGGGAGAAAGGAAAAAAGAGCGCGAGUUUGCAUGUAUUUCCUGCGUAAUGUGAAAUUUCGUCAAUGUAAAUUGAAUUUGCGUUCUACAUCUUGUUGGCAUAAAAAAGGAGCAGCAAAUUAUUUAUUGUAUACCACACACAUUCUGUUAAUCAACGGUGUACAUAAUUUAUCAUGGUUAGAUAAUAUUAAUUGUGGCAAAUAAAGUUUUGUUAUUGUUUGUAUCAAUCGAA